GAAAGGAGCCACAUUGCAGUGGGAGACCUCAAAGGAAGAACACAGUUUGAAUAGAAUGGAAUGGGCUUUCAAGUCCGACACCUCUGCUGCAGUGCUUCCCAACCUUUGGUCUUCCAGGUGUUUUGGACUCCAGCUCCCACAAUUCAGCUGUGGCAGCAUGGAGCCUGCUUUCCACAGAGGAGACCUCCUCUUCUUAACCAACCGCAUUGAAGAGCCAAUCAGAGUGGGCGAAAUUGUGGUCUUUAGGAUAGAAGGAAGGGAAAUCCCAAUAGUGCAUCGGGUUUUGAAAAUUCAUGAAAAACAAAAUGGAGACAUCAAGUUUUUGACGAAAGGUGACAACAACGCAGUGGAUGACCGAGGCUUGUACAGACAAGGGCAGUACUGGUUGGAGAAGAAAGACGUGGUGGGAAGAGCGAGAGGAUUUGUGCCAUACAUUGGGAUUGUGACCAUCCUAAUGAAUGACUACCCCAAAUUCAAGUACACCGUCCUCUUUCUCCUGGGCCUGUUCGUGCUGGUCCAUCGAGAGUAGUCUGCCGCCCGGAAGAUGGUGCCGGUUGCGCUGAAGAGAAGAGAGAGAGAAGGGUGUGAUGGCGGGUACACGUCACUGCUUCCCGACCCAAUGGGGCCGGGCUCUUUAGUUUUAUUUUCUACUACAGCUGUGUAACAGGAAAGUUGAUCCCAGUAUUUUGAACGGUUUGUCACCUUUUAGCCUUUUUGUACAUCGUUGAAUUUUUUAUAUUAAAAGUUUUCAGCCAAA